AUGCAAUACUACUUUGUCAACAUACUUCUUGUCGCAUUGCCCUUUGUAGGCUCUGUGUCUGCCCAGGAGGUAGAUCCCAACCUCCCUGUUAACCCCCAGGCGAUAUGCAGAGCUGCUCCAGCAGAGUGGGGUCUGGGAGGAAACUGCGGUUUUUCUGCCGCCUACAAAUGCUUUUUUGAUGAAGAUAUCGAGAAGACUUGUCCUGGCCAUUGUAAACACCACUCGGCAUGGCGGAAUGGCAAUACUUGUGAUUGCUGGCGUGAGUGUUAG